AUGGGCUUUUCUGACAUCUUCAAGGUUGUACUCCUCCCUGCGCUCAUUGCGGCAGCAAUCUACGUCUCACUAGCCUACAUCCUCGUCCCCUUAUACCGCCAACACCGUGCCCGCUAUAGCCAGUACCUACCCCUCGACACCAUCUCCGCGCAGACGUCAACGUUGCGAUCACGACUUAGCGAUGCUCUCACCCGGAUGAUCCUGCCUAGCUCCAUGCGCUGGCGGGGAGAGGUCGUGGUUGAUGCACGGGCCGGAGAGGACGAGCUGGCUUUUGGUGAGGAAGAGGGCGAGAGUAUGGUCGGCUUUAAUGUUACGAGAAUGCAGCGAGGACGAGAUGAAAUGGGUGGGAGGGUAGCGGAUGAACUUGACAGUCAACGUAGGCUGAGUCUCGAGUUGGAGCAGGGUUUCAAGGAUGACAGUGAGGAAGACGAUGAUACGAGGGAUGGAAGAAGACGGUAG